CAAUGAUAGAAUCCAUAGCAGUGAGCGACGGGCCGGCAGGAGGGGACGCAGAGGGGCAGUCUCAGAAAGACACUGGGACGAGCGAAGGCCUGGAAAUGGAAAGGCAAGCGCGCAAAUUCAAAGUCCGAUCUGCUGUCCUUGCCUCUCUCUUCCCAACUACUCUUAAAAUCGGUCAACAUGGCUGGCAUCAACGCUGGCGACGAGAAACUCAUUUUCGAGUCCUCCGAGGCGGUGUCUGUGGUCUCGACCUUUGAUGACCUCGGGCUGAAGGAGGAUCUUCUGCGCGGCAUCUACGCUUACAACUUCGAGAAGCCUUCCGCCAUCCAACAACGCGCUAUCCUUCCUAUUAUUCAAGGGAGGGACGUCAUUGCACAGGCGCAAUCCGGGACAGGAAAGACAGCCACUUUCUCCAUUUCCAUCCUCCAGUCCAUCGAUGUCACUGUCCGUGAAACGCAGGCACUGGUCCUCAGUCCCACUCGUGAAUUGGCGACGCAAAUCCAGUCCGUCGUCCUUGCCCUUGGGGACUACAUGAAUGUGCAGUGCCACGCCUGCAUUGGCGGUACGUCCAUUGGCGAGGACAUCCGCAAGCUCGAAUACGGGCAACAUGUUGUGUCUGGCACCCCCGGUCGUGUCUUCGAUAUGAUCCGGCGCCGGAGUUUGCGAACACGGAAUAUCAAGAUGCUCGUACUAGACGAGGCCGACGAACUCCUGAAUAAGGGAUUCAAGGACCAGAUCUACGACGUCUACCGAUACCUUCCCCCAGCGACGCAAGUCGUACUGCUCAGUGCUACUUUGCCGUACGAUGUGUUGGAGAUGACGACAAAGUUCAUGACGGAUCCCAUCCGCAUCCUCGUCAAGCGUGAUGAGUUGACGCUGGAGGGUAUUAAGCAGUUCUUCGUCGCGGUGGAGAAAGAGGACUGGAAGUUCGACACACUCUGUGAUCUAUAUGACACUUUGACCAUCACCCAGGCCGUCAUUUUCUGCAACACAAGGCGAAAGGUCGACUGGUUGACGGAGAAAAUGCGCGCGGCCAAUUUCACGGUGUCGUCGAUGCACGGAGAGAUGGUACAGAAGGAGCGGGAUGCUAUUAUGGCUGAAUUCCGAAGCGGCACAUCACGUGUCCUAAUCACAACAGAUGUGUGGGCCCGUGGAAUUGAUGUGCAACAAGUGUCACUCGUGAUCAACUACGACCUCCCUGCAAAUCGUGAAAACUACAUCCACCGUAUUGGUCGGUCAGGUCGCUUUGGCCGGAAGGGUGUUGCCAUCAACUUUGUGACCGUGGACGAUGUUCGUAUCCUCCGUGACAUUGAACAAUUCUACAGCACCCAGAUUGAUGAAAUGCCCGUAAACGCCGCGGAACUUAUUUAGCCUGUGGGAGUCGGUGUGUUCCGUAUACGCUGUUUAUGUAUUUUCUCGUACGCUUGCCUCGACUCUGAUGCUUGAUGACUCUUUUGUAGUGUACGCUGUACGUUGAAUGCCAAUGCUAUUGAUGGCUGCAAGUUGCGUUGACCCGCGCACUUUCGAAUCGUCGAUCGACGUUCAACCGGAAGUGCGGGGUUGAUGCACGUGCUGU